AUGAACCAGAGCUGGGUAUAUGUUCCGGCGUUUAUGUUUCGGCAAAGACAUAGUGUCUUUGGUUUGGGGAAAAGAAAUUUUACCAACCCAGAGCAGGCUGGAUAUGUUGGAUUUGCUAAUCUACCAAACCAGGUGCAUAGAAAAUCAGUUAAGAAAGGCUUUGAAUUCACAUUAAUGGUAGUAGGUGAAUCUGGUCUUGGCAAGUCUACAUUGGUGAAUAGUCUGUUUCUUACUGAUCUCUACCCUGAGAGGCAGAUCCCUGGAGCAGCAGAAAAAAUUGAUAAGACCGUUACCAUUGAUGCUUCAACCGUGGAAAUUGAAGAACGUGGAGUGAAGUUACGACUGACUGUAGUAGACACCCCAGGCUAUGGUGAUGCUAUUAAUAACUCAGAUUGUUUCAAGCCAAUAAUUAAAUACAUAGAUGAACAGUAUGAGAGAUAUCUACAAGAUGAAAGUGGUUUGAAUAGACGUAAUAUUGUUGAUAACCGAGUUCAUUGUUGUUUCUAUUUUAUUUCACCGACUGGACACGGGUUAAAACCAUUGGAUAUUGAAUUCAUGAGAGCCCUCCAUCAUAAAGUGAAUGUUGUUCCUGUCAUUGCCAAGUCAGAUACACUCACAAAGAAAGAAGUGUGGAAACUGAAGAAUAAGAUUGUAGGUGAAAUAGAGGAGAAUGGAAUUUCCAUGUACAGAAUACCAGACUGUGAUUCUGAUGAAGAUGAAGAUUUUAAAGAACAAAACAAACAAAUAAAGGAGAGCAUGCCAUUUGCUAUUUGUGGAUCAAGCCAAUUAAUUGAAGUUAAAGGUCGAAAGGUCAGGGGUCGUUUAUACCCAUGGGGUGUUGUGGAAGUUGAAAAUCCUGAUCACUGUGACUUUAUUAAACUGCGAAGUAUGUUAAUAACACAUAUGCAAGACUUACAGGAAGUAACACAGGAUGUACAUUAUGAAAAUUUCCGAUCGGAAAAAUUGGCUCGAAGUGGUGGCAGCAAGUCCCGUCCACCAGUGAAAUUGAAACGAGAGGAAAGUUUAGAAACCAAGAUGACAGAAAAAGACAAGAUAUUGCAAGAGAAAGAAGUUGAGCUGAGGCGUAUGCAGGAGAUGUUAGCUAAGAUGCAGCAACAGAUGGCUCAACAAGGCGGCUCUACUGUCAAAACACAGAACCUAUAAAUAAACUUUAACAAUGGAAUCCGAGAGCAUAUUUACUGUUACUUGAAUGUAUAUAUGAAAAUGAAAUGACUAGAAAGACGAAAGUUCCAUUCCACAGAUGGUGAAUCAGAAAAAGGCGCUACAUAACAUUGCCAUACUAUUCCUUGUUUUGUUUUUGAAAUAUAUUUUUUAUUGAUUUUCAAUACUAUACUUAGAUUUACUUUAUAUAAAUUCUUAAAUUUUCAUAUUGUCUAGAUUUACUGAUUAUUAAUAAUUUCAUCACUGUUUAAACCAUUCAUAGAAAGUGGUAAAUGAUGAUUCUUGGUAGUUAGUGAUUAUAAUCAGACAUAUCUGAAUAGGUUUUAGAAUUAAUCUAUUCAUAUAUACUAUUGAUUAUGAUCAUGCCCAAGACAUCUGCUAAUGUUGAAUAAUUACCAAGGUCUUACCACUUACCAUUUAUUUUAUAUAUCGGUCCUAGCAUCUAUCCCAUCCCAUCUACAAAAUACAUAAUUUACAGCAUUUUAUAUGUUUCCAUCAAUUUCAGACUUUUUUUGUUGGAGGUGGGAUAUUAAAACAAAGUUGGGGAAAGCAUUUAUAAUAGUUGUUUAAAUACUUAGAAUAUUGCAUGUAGAUAGAUUGCAUCUUGUUAAACAUUGUUUUGAUAGUUAUGCAAUUAUAAAUCAGAUUUUUUUCCCACCAAUUGUUUAAAGUUGUUGAUGUAUGGAUAUGCUUUACAAUGAUCAAUCGAUCAUAGAUGCACAUUACUGUCGAGAUUUGUUGAGAAAGAAAAAAUGUUUGCUCCUCAAACAGUUUUCCACUUUUACUGUCGCCACUUUCACUGUUUCCCUAAUUUCAUGUAACGAGUAUUUAGAACAAUAAACAGGAGAUAAUAGAACAUGAUUCAAGGGGCAAAGACGGGUCUCGUGGCUCUCUAGUCGUCAGUAAGAUGUUGACAGUCAGUUGUAUCUAAGAUCUGUUUACAUCAUGCUUGGGUCACAAUAAAAAACAGAAUAGUGUUCAUGUGUCGUUUCUGCUGUUAAACAGACUCUUUUAAAAGCACAUUGCGGUACAAAUACGGUAUAUGUGCUGGCAAUCAUGUUUUUCAGUCAUGACUAUUGAUAAAUUACUAUUGAUAAACAGAGAAGAAGUAUGUCUGUAAUUACAAAUAAAUUGGGCAGAUUUUUACACAAUGUUCUAUGUUUCUACUUAUACCCAUUCAUUUUCAGAAAUUGUUGUAAAUCGUAUGCUAGUAUCUGCGUAGAUGUGUGUUAUAUUUCUAGUGUACUCUGAAAUAAGUGUUGACAGCAUUAAUAGGAGUACCAUGAGUACUAGUGGAUUCUUAGUGUUCACCACACAAUAUUCAGUAUUAGGGGACAUUGUACGUUUACAAUUACUGGUACAAUAGAUAUUCAUGCAGAUACCUAUUCUAAUAAAUGCCAUUUACUCAUUUAUUACUUAACAAAUAUGCACAAUAUAUUAUCCAAACUAUGCAGAAUGUGCAUUUAUGGUUGUGGAUGUUUUUAUUCCUAAAUAAAAAAGUAUUGAUAGAG